UUUUUUUUUUCAUUGUUAUUUUUUUUUGUCUUUUAUUUUUCUUUCUUCUUACGCAAUUCAGAAAAUAUGGAAGAGUUUCCUGCUGGUUAUUUUUAUAUCAAGUCUCGUCAUUCAGGAAAAGUCAUUGAUGUGGAUGGAGCUUCCAUAAAGAAUGAUGGAAAGAUAUUAAUAUGGACACCUAAACAUAAUGACGAUCGAGAUAAUCAACUAUGGUAUUACCAGGAUGGAUUUAUCAUUAAUAAAUGCUCCGGUAAAGUUUUGGAUGUUCGAGGAGGACCUAUUACAGAUGAUGCAUGGAUCUGUCAAUAUGAUCGUAAAUUGAUCCCAGAGGCACAAAACCAACGAUGGGGAUAUGAACGAGGUUAUAUUUAUGUCUUAUCUGAUCCUCAUAUGGUUCUUGAUGUACGUGGUAAUUCUACAGCCGAUGGCACCCGUAUCAUUUUACACCAUAAGAAAUUUGGAUAUGAAAAUACAAGUCAAUUAUGGGAUUUAAUACCUGCGGGUCAAGUAAGAGCCGAAAGAGAAGUUUUAUUCGAAACAGAUUUUGAAUAAUAAAAAGAU